UGGUUGGUAGAUGCCGGAGUCGGUGCUUCACUCUUAAGGUUCCCCGAGCCACAGGCGGCGGAGGGUCGAACACCUUGGGGCUGCUUUUAGGCGGAGCAAAUUUGGACCUCUGAGCCCGGCUCCGCCCGCAGCUAUCAUCGUGUGGUUUGUAUCAGGAAUGAAAUCAUCUGAGAGCUCAGAGCAGAAACCUUUUUGGUCAACAUGGAGGAUAAAAGAAGGCGAGCCCGAGUGCAGGGAGCCUGGGCUGCACCGGCCCAGAGCCCAGCGACUGUGCAGCCAGCUACCACUGCUAGGAGCCAUCUCCAUCAGACUUCUGGUCAGACCUGGAGGAACAAGGAGCAUCAUCUAUCUGACAGAGAGUUUGUGUUCAGAGAACCCCAGCAGGUAGUGCGUAGAGCUCCAGAACCACGCGUGAUUGACAGGGAGGGUGUGUAUGAAAUCAGCCUGGCACCCUCAGGUGUAUCUAGGGUGUGCUUGUAUCCCGGCUUCAUUGACUUGAAAGAAGCUGACUGGAUGUUGCAACAGCUUUGUCGUGAUGUCCUCUGGAAACAGAGGAUGGGCAUCAGAGAGGAUAUAACUUAUCCGCAACCAAGACUUACAGCAUGGUAUGGAGAACUUCCGUACACUUAUUCAAGAAUCACUAUGGAACCAAAUCCUCACUGGCAUCCUGUGCUGAGCACCCUGAAGAACCGCAUCGAAGGGAACACUGGCCACACCUUCAACUCCUUACUCUGCAAUCUGUAUCGGAACGAGAAGGACAGCGUGGACUGGCACAGCGAUGAUGAACCCUCACUAGGGAGGUGCCCUGUCAUUGCUUCGCUCAGUUUUGGUGCCACCCGCACUUUUGAGAUGAGAAAGAAGCCCCCACCUGAGGAGAAUGGAGACUACACAUUUGUGGAGAGGGUGAAGAUUCCCUUGGAUCACGGGACCUUGUUAAUCAUGGAAGGAGCCACCCAGGCUGACUGGCAGCAUCGAGUGCCCAAGGAAUACCACUGCAGAGAACCGAGAGUAAACCUGACCUUUCGGACAGUUUAUCCACACCCUUGAGGGGGCUCCUUGGUGAUGGAGGUCCUGGCUAGAACAGGACCACGCCAACGCUGAGCAGCCCUUCCGCCGGAAGAAGCUUUGAGAGGCUACUCCAGAUGAUCUCGUGAUGGGGCUGUUUGGAAGAUGGUGGCGUUGCUUCCCAGCCUGGAGUCCUAUUAAAUGAGAGCCACCAGCAGUUCAUGUUGGUAAUAUGUCUACUGUGGGGACGGUUAUUCCAAAGCACAUCUCAAGAUUGCACCUUAUCUUUAGGCAAAUUAAAACUGCUGUGACUGUGCUCACAGAUGAUUUGCUCCAGAAGCUGCUUUUCUCCUGCCCUCUCCCUGUAACUUGAAGAAAUACAAAUGGCCUUGUGCCUCUGGGGAGAAUCUGCACGUGUUUAUUCCUUAAUGACAUUUGCGAAGUGGAGAUAUAAAUGUGCGUCAGUGACUCUGGAGCCUUCCGUAGGCAGACAGCUGCCAAAACCCAAACAGAGGUGGCUUCUCGGGGCUGUGUUGAAGUCUGUCUUGGCUCCUUAACAUCUCAGCUCGUGUGUUAUUGCAGUGGAAAGCUGUGCAUUCAGGGGACACUGUGUUUAACUGAGCCUCCUGACCUAUCAGUCUUCCUGGACCCGUUGAGACAGGUUACAGGCCUCCGCACAGAGUGAAGGCAGUGCAGCCAGGCCCUGGGCUACCUGUGACACCAGAGAAAACUGUCCCCUUAAAGGAAAGCAGGAAUGAGCGUGUCGGGAGAAGUAGCAGGCUGAAAUCUGGCUGAAGAGAGCAAAUACCGGUUAGUGACAGCUGUUCCACAUAGAUUAGUUUCCUCUAGAGAAUUACUUGAGUCAUUUAAACCCAAGCCAGAUGGAAGCAGGAGCAGUCCUGCAGGGAAUAGACUCGAUUACCUCAUGGUUCUCUUCACCUUAGAUUUCAGUAGUCCCAUGACUAAGGCUCUCUUCUGACUCAGUGUUCCCUUACACACAAGCUCCCCAGGUUCAAGGGUUAGCCUGUGAUGUCACCAGGGUUCCCAAAACAGAACAGAGUGGCUGCCCCCUAUUGCAUCAUAAAAGCAUGUGUCUCCUUGACCUCUUGUCUCCAGAGCAGUGUGCCAGGUUAAUUCCAAAUAAGAUUUGGAACUGAGAAAAAAACAGUUGAUUUAAAUGGAUGAAAGUAGGGCAGGGGAGUUAGUGUUUCUCUCUCUGCCUGUGGGGAAAAUUUACAGCAUUUUCUUGCUUCUUAUCCUGUUUCCAUUCCAUGCUGUAAGAUCAGCGAUCCCGUGAUCACGGUGAGGUGCCAGAAUGCGCAGGCUCACUCAGCUCAGGUGUGACUCCAUGCCUGGCUGGGCUCUGCUCUCCCACACGCUUUCUAGCUCCCUGCCCUGGAGUCUGGUUUUUGUGAGUUGGGGUUUUUUUCUUUUUUUUUAAUGUAUAUAGUUCCUUUUUUGUAAGAAAUACUAAAUGCUUCAUACAAUUAUGAACAUCAUACUGUGCCUUCCUAGUAAAGGUACAAAUCACUGUGA